UCCGAACCUCCACUUUUUAUUUUGAGGCGCGAAAGCGUCUGGAAGCAGAAGAAUCUCUUCUUCUACUUCUUUUUCCAUGGCACGGACUGAUUUGUCCAGCAUUUUCUCAGCGGGCUGCUGAAAUUCCUCUGAAAUAUUUUCCAUAUCGACCUCUAUAAUUAGGAAUGUAGAAGCAAGAAAGUGGUUGCUGUGGUUGUGGGAAGAUGGAGGCUUGCGACUGCAUUGAACCACAAUGGUCUGCUGAUGAGCUUUUGGUGAAAUAUCAGUAUCUGUCGGACUUCUUUAUUGCCCUUGCUUAUUUCUCCAUUCCUAUUGAGCUUGUUUAUUUUGUAAAGAAAUCUGCAUUCUUCCCAUACAGAUGGGUGCUAAUGCAGUUUGGGGCAUUUAUUGUUCUAUGUGGGGCUACCCACCUCAUAAACUUAUGGACUUUCACCAUGCACUCCAAAACUGUUGCAGUGGUAAUGACCAUUGCAAAAGCCUCCACUGCUGUUGUGUCAUGUGCAACAGCUCUGAUGCUCGUUCACAUUAUACCUGAUUUGUUAAGUGUGAAGACACGGGAGCUGUUUUUGAAGAAUAAGGCUGAAGAUCUGGAUAGGGAGAUGGGCCUCAUACGUACGAAAGAAGAAACUGGCAGGCAUGUCAGAAUGCUGACCCAUGAAAUUAGAAGUACACUUGACAGACAUACUAUAUUGAAGACUACUCUUGUUGAGCUGGGUAGGACUUUGGCCUUGGAGGAGUGUGCUCUGUGGAUGCCAUCGCGGACUGGUUUAAACCUUCAGCUUUCCCAUACCCUACGCCACCAGAUACCAGUUGGAUCUACCGUGCCUAUUCAACUUCCUGUUGUCAAUCAAGUAUUUAGUAGCAAUCGUGCAAUGAGAAUUUCGCACACAUGUCCAUUGGCAAGGAUUCGACCUCUUACAGGAAGAUAUGUACCACCGGAGGUUGUUGCUGUGCGAAUACCACUUUUACAUCUUUCAAAUUUCCAAGCUAAUGACUGGCCUGAGCUCUCUGCCAAAGGCUAUGCAAUCAUGGUUUUGAUGCUCCCGUCAGAUAGUGCACGGAAAUGGCACCGACAUGAAUUUGAACUUGUUGAAGUGGUUGCAGAUCAGGAAAUUGGAAAACCAAACAGGCCCUUAAUGAAGUUCCAGGGAAGCAGCAACAAUUCGACAAGCAUCUGGUUGCCUGAAGGGGGUUCAAUUAGUGCCAUCGAUUUGGUAGCUGUUGCUCUUUCACAUGCUUCAAUCUUGGAAGAGUCUAUGCAUGCACGUGAUCAGCUCAUGGAGCAGAAUGUUGCCCUCGAUUUAGCUCGACGAGAGGCAGAAAUGGCCAUCUGUGCUCGCAACGAUUUCCUAGCUGUUAUGAACCAUGAAAUGCAGACUCCAAUGCAUGCAAUUAUUGCCUUGUCCUCCCUACUUCUAGAAACUGAACUCAAUCCAGAACAACGCGUGAUGGUAGAAACUGUGUUGAAGAGUAGCAACCUUCUUGCAACACUCAUUAAGGAUGUCUUAGAUCUUUCAAGGCUUGAAGAUGGAAGCCUUGAACUAGAUAUCGGAAAUUUCAAUCUUCAUGCAGUUUUCAGAGAGGUCAUUAAUUUGAUCAAGCCAAUUGCAUACGUGAAGAAGCUGUCAGUGAAAUUGAUGUUGGCACCGGAUGUACCAGUGUUUGCUGUUGGCGAUGAAAAAUGCCUCAUGCAGACUAUUUUACAUAUUACUGGAAAUGCCGUGAAGUUUACUAGAGAGGGUUAUGUUUCGGUCACUGGUUGUGUUGCGAAGCCAGAAUCAUUGAGAGACAUGCGAGCUCCUGAAUUCUAUCCAGUGUCAAGUGAUGACCACUUUUACUUGCGAGUGCAGGUUAAAGAUUCUGGUUGUGGAAUUAGUCCCCAAGAUAUUCCACAUCUUUUUACCAAAUUCACACAAUCCCAGAAGGGAUCAAGUAUAAGUAAAGAUGGCACGGGACUUGGGCUUGCCAUUUGUAAAAGGUAUGUAAAUCUCAUGGGAGGUUACAUGUGGCUUGAAAGUGAGGGCUUGGGCAAGGGUUGCACAGCUACCUUUGUUGUGAAGCUCGGGUUUGGCAACAAUUCAAAUGAAUCUGCACUAGAGAUGCCAAGGGCUAAGACAGAUCUCAGUGCGGCAGAUCUUUCUGGACUUAACACACUUUUCAAAGACGAUAACAGGGUAAUGCCUUCAAAACCUCGAUACCAGAGAAGUCUUUAGAUGCCAUGUUGUAUAUGUAGCAUUGAAACAUAGGCAAAAGUUUGAAAAUACUGAACCUGCUUUGAUGGGGUUCAAGGCUAUUAUAAAAGCUAUCAAAUCGUGUCAUCCACACCUGUCCUGUAAUGGGGUGUGAGCACAAAGAGUCAGAUUAGAUUUAACUUGUCAAAUGGAAUUUUGUGUGUUGUAUAUGAAAUGCCUCUGGUUUUGCAAUGAGCUGAUGAAUUAGGAACUAAAGUUUGAAAAGAAAAAAAAAAGUGAAUGUAUGGUAUGUUCGCAACAUGUUUGAUAGUUAAUACAGUAUGUAUUUGAACUCAUCAGAGAUAAUUAUGUUGGAAAUGUUGUUUCC